AUGGAGUCUGCUGAGUCUGCUCAUGGACUGCAAGAAGAAAAAGCUGAUGAUGAAACUCUGGAUAUCACCAAACAGGUUUUAGAAGAUGAACACAACCCUGAUUCCAGCAAAGAGGUCACCGGAGAAGGAAAGGAAGGAGGUGCAGCCAGUGACACAGCACCACAUCAUGGACAUGACAGCAAAUUACCAGAGACUCCUAAUGCCCAGCCAUUAGCUGAGGGGACAGAAGAGACAGUAACCCCGGAGACGGCAAAUGAAGAUGAAGGAUCGGGUACCACGGAUGAGCCAAUGUUGGCUGACAAGUCUGAGGUAGAAACGGAGCAGACAUCAGAUAACCUUGAUGUCAGUAAUGAAGCAGACACUGGAUCAGGGAUUGAAACUGUGGAGGAGCCGCAAGGGGAGGAACGAGAAACCGAGCAACCUGCUGCGGGAGAAACUAUUGAAGAAGAUCAGGAGAUCCAGCAUGACCAAAACAUAGAAGGUCCCCUGGAAAGUUCAGCAGGAACAGAGGGGGCGGAGCAAAAAGAGCAUAUGGAACAACAAGCAAUGGCACAUGGGGAAGGUGAGAGUGACCUUUUGAGUGGAGACAUAAAAGGAGAAGCCUCGGAACAUUCUGAGGGCAGUGUGGUUGCAGCUAUGGCAGAGGAGGAGGAGGGAGUCACAUCAGGGGAAAUUGCAGCAGCUGAAGCUGGAAGUGAUGAAGAUCAGCGAGCAGAAACGGCACAGCAGAAUCCAGAUGAGGAAGCACAAGCCGUGGUUAACCAUGGAAACAUACCCAAAGAAGGAGAUGCCGCUGAAAUCAUUCCAGCUGAUCCGACAGAACAAGAAGAUCCCACUGUAGGGGACACAGUACAGGAGUCUGCUGAUGACGGCCAAAAAUCCGAAUCUUUACCCAAUGAACAGCCAAGGCCGGAAGAAGUUGAGAAGGAGGAGGAAGAAGAAAUAGAGAAGAUUCCAGAGGACUUCUACUAUGAUUAUGAGAGUAUGUGCUCCCGUCCGUACAUCACCCCGGACUCAGGAAUCCCAAGUGGAGUCCUCCAACUCCUACAUUCUUUCGGUUAUGACUGCAACAAAAGGGCCAACCUCCAUCUACUGGAUGACCAGACGCUGCUGUACGUCGCCGGUACAAUGAGUAUCAUCCUAACACUUAAGACGCAGGAGCAGCAAUACCUGAGGAGCAGCAGCGGUGGAGGAAUCGGAGCUGUCACUGUCCAUCCCAGCAGGAAAUAUUUUGCCGUGGCGGAGAAAGGACACAACCCAAACAUUAUCCUUUAUGAAUUCCCAUCAUUAAAACCAUUCCGGAUCCUCAGGGGAGGUACAGAAGAAGCCUACGCCUUUAUAGACUUUAAUAUGUCGGGGACCCUCCUGGCCAGCGUGGGGAGCAGCCCAGAUUACAUGCUGACUAUCUGGGACUGGAAACAGGAGAAGAUUAUGCUGAGGUCGAAGGCUUUCUCCCAAGAUGUCUUCCAGGUCACCUUCUCUCCAGAGAACGAGGAGCAGUUGACCACCUGUGGGACAGGACACAUCAGAUUCUGGAAAAUGGCACGCACGUUUACAGGCUUAAAGCUUCAGGGAGAGAUCGGGAGAUUUGGAAAGACUGCGCUCACUGAUAUAGAGGGAUAUGUGGAACUACCAGACGGGAAGGUGAUCUCAGGCUCUGAAUGGGGAAACAUGCUGCUGUGGGAAGGAGGUCUUAUCAAGGUGGAGAUCUGCAGAAAAGGUCGCAGGCCAUGCCAUAGCGGUUCUAUUAACCAGUUUGUGCUGGAUGAAGGCGAGCUUAUCACCAUUGGAGCCGAUGGAUAUGUUCGGGUCUGGGACUUUGAGACUGUGGACCAUGCUGACGUCAUCGAUGACACUGGGCUUCUGGAGAUGGAACCAAUGAAUGAACUGUUAGUUGGGAAGAAUGUCAACCUUCGCUUCAUGGUGAAGACGAGAGAAAAUGACUCACCUGUGUGGUUCGCUCAGGAUGCCAGCGGUGGGAUCUGGAGGCUGGACCUGUCCUUUUCAAAUAUAACUCAGGACCCCGAACAGCUCUUCUCAUUCCAUGCCGGGAAGAUUAACGCUUUAGAUGCUUCUCCCUCCACAUACCUGAUGGCAACUACGUCCUCAGACCGAUCGGUGAGGAUUUACGACUUCGCUGGAAAGGUCCCUUUAGCAGAGAUGAAUUUUAAACAAGGAGGAACGUCGCUGAUCUGGGCCCCCCGCAUGGUCAACCCUAAAGGAGGAUUAUUCGCAGCGGGAUUCGAGGACGGAGUUGUCCGUAUCUUGGAGGUUUAUGACCCUUCCGGGAUGAGACUUCUGGCCGGACGCAGCGGCACGCAGGAAGCUGCUAUAAGUCUGAAACAAGCGUUCAAACCUCACAACGCGCCCGUCACAUGUCUGGCGUAUGAGCGCAAUGGAGAGAUCCUCGCCACUGGGAGCACAGACAGAACCGUCUUCUUCUUUGCCGUUGGCGACACCUAUGAGCCCAUUGGAUUUAUCCGAGUUCCUGGACCUGUUAAGGAAUUGCAAUGGUCUCCUCCCACACACGAAGAAAACACGUUGCUGGUUCUAUGUGAAAAUGAAUUUGCUGUGGAGAUCCCGGCCCCGGCGGCUGAAAAAAACAACCCAGUCUACUCUACCUACGAGAUCGCGAAUCUGCCUCUGCGCUACUUCCGAUUCGCCAGCAUCAAAUCAAAGCUUGAGAGAGAGGAGCAGUUGACCCUGAUGCAGAAGAACAGAGAGCAGAAGCUGGAGGAGCACCAGGCCUGGGUGCAGCAACAGAAGGCACAAGGAGUGGAGCUGACUGAAGAGGAGUUACAGGAGCCGCAUGAUGAUGAAGAGGAGAAGCUUCCAGAAUUUUACAUCUCAAAAGAGCCCAGCCCCAUCCUGUGCGGCUUCUAUGCCUCUCCUGGGAAGUUCUGGCUGUCCAUGGAUGGCUAUGACUCCGGGUUUCUUUAUCUCUGUGAGUUUAAAAGCGAAGACCAAUCAGACCCUUCUACGAGGAAGGAUGAGCCACUAAGCGCCUUGCCCAUCGACAACACCAGCACCAACCCCAUCCACAAGAUUCAUUUCAGCUCCAACAAGAAGCUGCUGUUCUGUGGGAUGAAGGAUGGGGCAGUUCGUGUCUAUCCUCUCCAGCCCAAUGACCCCUUACUCACCUCCAUUGGCAGUUAUUGGUCCCUCGGGGUCCAUGACAAUCAAUAUGGCAGCAUCCAGGCCAUCAGCGCCAGCUAUGACAACCAGUACCUAGUAACCUGUGGAGCUGAUGGCAACAUCUUUACCUUCAGCAUCCUUUCUAUGGAGGAUAUUGAGCGAGACCUGAAAGUCAAGAAAGCAAAAGUGCCAUCUCCAAGGACUAAUAAAGAGAGGGAAAAACAUGCAGAGGAUAUUGAGGAUCCCAACGCUUACAGCAUAGAGAAUGCCACUCAGAAGCUCCAGCAUGAUCUUCUUAUGAAACAAGCCGAGGAGAAGAAGGCCAGGAAGCUUCAGGAGCUGGAUCAGAUGAAAAAAGAGUUCCAGGAGCUUCUGAGAAAGAAUGCUGAGCUGCCAACUCACAUGCAGCUGGGAAGAGCGGAGUUUGAGAUGGAUCACAGAAUUCGCGAGGAAAUGGAGCGGCAAAAGUCGGAGAGCGUGCGCACUGUGCUAAAGGAACUGGCAUGGGAGCAAGAGAAGUACAACAUUGGACUAAAGAAACUGCAGGCCCAGUUCCGGGAUAAGGUGGAGUUUGAUACGGUGACAGUGCGUGCAUUCAGCACUGAGCAUCAAGUAGCCACAUACAGACUCCUGUGUCUCUCAGAGAAAUACUACAAGGCAAAGGGGAUGAUUGCUAAAAGAAAGCCCGAUCGCAAUGACAUCAUUCAGAAAGAGAAUAUGUCUAAUGAAUAUUCAGGUGAUCUCGGGGCCAGGAAUGUGGUGACGGCAGGUGCAGUUCCAGAGCCCGAUCUUGGGGCCCGGAAGAGGGGCCAGCAACAGAUGUCGCAGUGGGCGUGGAAGAGGUCCGAACGGCAAGUGGAAAGAAUCCGCAAAGUCAUAGACAAGGCUGAGAAGGCAAAAUCUAAGAUUUCCCAGAGGAAGCAGGAAUGGGAUAAGUUAUAUAAAACUAAACCCAGCGAGGACUAUGAAGAUCCGCAGGAUGUCCUGGCAAUAAAAAACGCCAAAGAAAACAUGGGGGACUUUAAACUGAAGACAGCAGAGGACUACACCGUCCCCGAGCACCUCCGUAUCAACGCAGAGCAGAAGAGGAACGAGCUGGCAAUGCUAGAGAAUAUUAUUCACGAACAAAAGUCGACCAUUAACCGCUCCAUCUUGGAGCUGCGAGAUUUCAAGGUGGAAACCAUAGAAAAAAUGAAGAGUUUGGUGGAGGAACUGAAAGUUAUCCAGUCUGUGCUGGACCCUUCCAAACAUCUCACCAUCCCAAAAGUCCCAUCACUGCACCCCGAUGAGACUCCGGAGAGGAAGUUCCAGUAUGACAGCGAGACCCUCCAAAAAUUCAAACAAGAACAAGCGAAGCAGGUCCAGGCCCAGCCGAUGACGGGAGAAGGUGGAUUUGGGGCCUUCGAAGGGUUUGCAGGGAAGCUGCAAGCUGUAGUUAAACUGUCCCGGGUGUCUUCAAGGCCAUCCACCACAAGUACCAUCAGGUCUUACCGCGCAGUUUCUGCUGGAACCCACCAUAUGGAGGACUCAGAACUGUCAGAGCUGGAGAAGGAGAUGAUUCGGAUUGAGGAAAUUAAAAAUCUCUAUAGGCAGGAAAACAUCAUCAAACAGAUAAAUCAUCUGAUGAUUAGCUUUGACGCCGAGCUCCGCCUCCUGCGACACAAGAAGCUGCAGCUGGACGUACAAAUGAAAAUAGCCGACCUCCGACACGUCACCCUUUUCGAGGAGCUGAUGCUGCUGAAAGAAUUUGAGAAGAGAGAAGACAAUCUGCAGGAGAAGGUCAGCGAUCGAGUCUCUGAGCUGGAGGAGAUGAAGGGGAAGUCUGAGGAUUAUCUUCAGCAGCUGGAGACCAAGAAGAAGGACAUUGUGAGGCUUCAGGAGAAGGAAAAAGCCUUAGAUGCUGCCUUCCACAGCUCCCUGGGCGAGAACAACAAAUUUGCCACAUUUCUCACUAAAGUCUUCAAGAAGAAAAUCAAACGCAGCAAGAAGAAGGAGGUGACGGGGGACGAAGAGGAGGACGAGGACAGUGAUGAAGAAUCCGAUGAGGAGUCGGCGUAUGAAAGUGACGAGGACGUAUCGGAUUCAGAGGACGGCGUCUUUGAUGAUUCUGUUUGCCCUGACAAUUGCGAUCCCAAACUCUUCGACAACACCUUGCACCUGCGAGAAAAGCACCUGGACAUCGAGGAGGUCCUGACAGAAGAAAAGAAACUCGUUGAUAAUCUGAAGAAGGAAUAUGACGGGAUGGCCAAAAAGGUGAAAGUAGUCAAUGUGAAUCUGAAGUCGGCAGAAGAGGAGCUCGAGGCGUUCCAGAGGGAGAAGCAGCAGAAGCUCAAUGAGCUGCAUGUUGUUGUUCCAUUAAAGCUGCACCAGGUUGAUUACAUGAUCAAUGGGGAGAUUCCCAGUGACCUGUCCCAGGCCCUGGUCCUCACUAGCCAUUCCCUAGAGAGUCUGCAGCAUCGCAUCAAAGAGCUGCAAGUGGAGAAGGUGGAAAAUAGGGAGCUGUAUAAACAGGCCAGAGAGCAGCACAAGCAGCUGAUCCGAGAGCGCAAGGAGAUGGAGGUCAAAAUCCAGAGCUUGGAGGAGAAGUGCAGUCAGCAGAUGAUGAUGAAAUUUGGCCGCUUGGUUGACCUCGAAGCUCUGCAGACCUUGUCUGUGAACACCACCCUGGAGGAGCUGAAGAUAAAAUCAUCACAAAGGCGGCAGGAGAUGGACCAGGAGAUAGCGGAGUGGGAGGCAAAAAUAACAGAGAGAAAGAAGAAACUGGUGGAGGUGACCCGAGAGCACACUAAGAAGCUGGACAGAUUGAACGAGAUCCUGACGGAGAAGAAAGUCAUAGAGGCAAAGCUAGAUGCUCGGCAAACUGUUGUGGGUGCCGAAUUCCUGGGGCCCCGUAAAGCAGAGACCCGCGAGAGACAAAAGCUGCUCCACCGUGCUCAGAUGCAAGCGGAGGAGAUAGAGAGCCUGAAGGAGGAGAUCUUGCUGCUGAGCAAGAAAGGAGAGAACAUCCUACCGCCCAUCCGCCAAUAGGAAAAG